AUGACUAGCACGUCAAACCCCGCGAAGCCGAUCCGUGUGUGGAUUACCCCACCGGGCCCCAACUCGUGGAAGACGGUCUUCAUCCUGGAAGAGCUCGGCAUCAACUACGAGUUCAAGUCCUUCCGGUUCGACGACGUCAAGAAGAAGCCCUUCAUCGACGUGAACCCGAACGGACGUGUCCCCGCCAUCGAGGAUCCCAACACGGGCAUCACGCUGUGGGAGUCGGGCGCCAUCAACCAGUACCUGGUCGAGGUGUACGACACGGACAAGCGCCUGACCCACGCGGGGCUCAAGGAGCGCCACCUGUGCAACCAGUACCUGCAGUUCCAGAUGAGCGGCCAGGGCCCCUACUACGGCCAGGCCGGCUGGUUCCAGCACCUGCACCCGGAGAAGAUCCCCUCCGCCGUCGAGCGCUACACCAAGGAGAUCCGCCGCGUGCUGACCGUGCUCGAGGGCAUCCUGGCUGCCCAGCCGCCCGCGGCCGAUGGCGGCGAGGUGCGGUGGUUGGUGGGCGGUAAGAUGACGUACGCGGAUAUGGCGUUCGCGCCGUGGGAUUUCCGUCUCAGCGAGGUGCUGAUGCAGUCGUGGGAUGAGGUGUGGGAGGGCGUGCCCCAUGUGCGUGCCUGGCAUGAGGCUAUGGUUGGGCUGCCGUCGUGGAAGCGCGCCAUGGAGCACCGUGCUCGUCUGAUGGAUGAGCAGGGCUUGCAGUGGAAUGGUGUGCCCAAGGGGAUUGAGACGUUCACGGAGUAUGAGGAGAAGAUUGCCAAGGGCGAGACGUAA